AUGGAGGCAGCGCGCACCGAGCGCCCCGCAGGCUGGCCCGGGGCGCCUCUCGCCCGGACGGGGCUCCUGCUCCUGUCGACGUGGGUCCUGGCCGGCGCCGAGAUCACUUGGGGCGCGACGGGCGGUCCUGGGCGCCCUGCGGCCCCGGCUUCGCGGCCGCCGGCGCUUCUUCCUUUCUUCCCGCGGGCAGUGGUAAGCCAGUGGCCGGAGGAGCUGGUGACGGCGCGGAGAGGCGCCGCACUGGGGCGCCGGCCCGGACCAGAGCCUCUGCCCCAGCCAGGCGGCGGCAGCGGCAGCGUUGGAAAGAAGCAGGGAGAAGCCGGGGGACCAUCGCCGGCAGGCGCGCGGUGGGGACCAGGCACCCCGGCUCCGGGCAAGCCUGGCGGCGCGAGGAGGAGUCGCCGGGAGCAACCCCCCAGUGCCCUGGAACGUGGGGACGCCCGGGCCACUGCCUUGGCCGAUGGUUCCAAAGGAAGCCGCCCUGUGGCCAAGGGUCUCCGGGAGGAGGUGAAGGCGCCGCGGACCGGGGGGGCGGCGGCCGAAGAGCUCCGGCUGCCCAGCACCUCGUUCGCGCUGACCGGGGACUCGGCCCACAAUCAAGCCAUGGUGCACUGGUCGGGACACAACAGCAGUGUGAUCCUCAUCCUGACGAAGCUGUAUGACUUCAAUCUGGGAAGCGUGACUGAGAGCUCACUGUGGAGAUCAACGGAUUAUGGCACCACCUAUGAGAAGCUGAAUGACAAAGUAGGAUUGAAGACUGUCCUCAGUUACCUCUACGUCAAUCCCACCAACAAAAGGAAGAUCAUGCUUCUUAGUGAUCCUGAAAUGGAGAGCAGCAUAUUAAUCAGCUCAGAUGAGGGGGCCACCUACCAGAAAUACCGGCUCACUUUCUACAUCCAGAGUCUCCUCUUCCAUCCCAAGCAGGAGGACUGGGUGCUGGCCUACAGUCUGGAUCAGAAGCUCUACAGCUCCAUGGACUUUGGAAGACGAUGGCAACUCAUGCAUGAACGUAUCACACCCAACAGGUUUUACUGGUCGGUGGCUGGAUUGGAUAAGGAAGCGGACCUGGUGCACAUGGAGGUGCGGACCACCGAUGGAUAUGCUCACUACCUCACCUGCAGGAUCCAGGAAUGUGCCGAGACCACUCGCAGUGGGCCUUUUGCCCGCUCCAUUGACAUCAGUUCCCUGGUUGUUCAGGAUGAAUAUAUCUUCAUUCAGGUGACAACAGGUGGAAGAGCCAGCUACUACGUGUCCUAUCGGAGAGAGGCCUUUGCCCAGAUAAAGCUGCCCAAGUACUCCCUGCCCAAGGACAUGCACAUCAUCAGUACUGAUGAGAACCAAGUGUUUGCAGCUGUCCAAGAAUGGAACCAGAAUGACACGUACAACCUCUACAUCUCAGACACGCGUGGCAUCUACUUCACCCUGGCCAUGGAGAACAUUAAGAGUAGCCGAGGUCUAAUGGGAAACAUUAUUAUUGAAUUGUAUGAGGUAUCAGGUAUCAAAGGGAUAUUCUUGGCAAACAAGAAGGUGGAAGACCAGGUGAAGACAUACAUCACUUACAACAAGGGCAGAGACUGGCGCCUACUUCAAGCCCCAGAUGUGGACCUGCAUGGAAGUCCAGUACACUGCCUGCUGCCCUUCUGCUCCUUACACCUGCACUUGCAGAUCUCUGAAAAUCCAUAUUCCUCAGGAAGAAUCUCUAGCAAGGAGACAGCCCCAGGACUCGUGGUGGCUACAGGGAACAUUGGCCCGGAGCUCUCAUAUACUGAUAUUGGUGUGUUCAUCUCUUCUGAUGGGGGCAACACAUGGAGACAGAUCUUUGAUGAAGAGUACAAUGUCUGGUUCCUAGACUGGGGUGGCGCCCUCGUGGCCAUGAAACACACACCUCUACCAGUCAGACAUUUGUGGGUGAGUUUUGACGAGGGCCACUCCUGGGACAAGUAUGGCUUCACUUCGGUUCCUCUCUUUGUUGACGGGGCUCUGGUGGAGGCGGGAGUGGAGACCCAAAUCAUGACAGUUUUUGGCCACUUCAGCCUUCGUUCUGAAUGGCAGUUGGUGAAAGUGGACUACAAAUCUAUCUUCAGCCGGCGGUGCACUAAGGAGGACUAUCAGACCUGGCACCUGCUCAAUCAGGGGGAGCCCUGUGUCAUGGGAGAAAGGAAAAUAUUCAAGAAACGCAAGCCAGGAGCUCAGUGUGCCCUGGGCCGAGAUUCCUCAGGGACGGUGGUCUCAGAACCCUGUGUCUGUGCCGACUGGGACUUUGAAUGUGACUAUGGCUAUGAGAGACACGGAGAGAGCCAGUGUGUCCCAGCUUUCUGGUACAACCCAGCAUCCCCAUCAAAGGACUGCAGCCUUGGUCAAAGCUACCUAAACAGCACUGGGUACCGGCGGAUUGUGUCCAACAACUGCACGGAUGGGCUGCGGGAGAAGUACACGGCCAAGGCCCAGAUGUGUCCCGGAAAAGCCCCUCGUGGCCUCCAUGUGGUAACAACCGACGGACGCCUGGUGGCAGAACAGGGGCAUAACGCGACCUUCAUCAUCCUCAUGGAGGAGGGUGAUCUCCAAAGGACAAACAUCCAGCUUGACUUUGGGGAUGGAAUUGCAGUGUCCUAUGCUAACUUCAGCCCCAUUGAGGAUGGCAUCAAGCAUGUGUACAAGAGUGCAGGAAUCUUCCAGGUGACGGCCUAUGCGGAGAACAGCCUGGGCUCCGACACUGCUGUCCUCUUCCUACAUGUGGUUUGUCCCGUGGAACAUGUUCAUCUCCGAGUGCCAUUUGUUGCCAUAAGAAAUAAGGAGGUCAACAUCAGUGCAGUUGUGUGGCCCAGUCAACUGGGGACCCUUACCUAUUUCUGGUGGUUCGGCAAUAGCACGAAGCCUCUCAUCACCUUGGACAGCAGCAUUUCCUUCACAUUCCUGGCCGAAGGCACCAACACCAUCACUGUCCAGGUAGCUGCUGGGAAUGCCCUUAUCCAGGACACAAAAGACAUUGCUGUGCAUGAAUAUUUCCAGUCCCAACUAUUGUCAUUCUCUCCAAACUUGGAUUACCACAACCCUGACAUUCCUGAGUGGAGGCAAGAUAUUGGCAAUGUCAUCAAGAGAGCUCUGGUUAAAGUAACCAGUGUCCCAGAAGACCAGAUCCUGGUGGCUGUGUUCCCUGGGCUCCCCACUUCAGCAGAGCUCUUCAUCCUUCCCCCCAAGAACUUGACGGAGAGGAGGAAAGGCAACGAAGAGGACCUGGAACAAAUUGUAGAGAUGUUGUUUAAUGCUCUGAACCAAAACUUGGUGCAGUUUGAGCUGAAGCCAGGGGUUCAAGUCAUAGUGUAUGUCACGCAGCUGACAUUAGCUCCAUUGGUGGACUCCAGUGCUGGCCACAGCAGCUCAGCCAUGCUUAUGCUCUUAUCAGUGGUGUUUGUCGGCCUGGCUGUGUUCCUGAUCUACAAGUUUAAAAGGAAAAUCCCCUGGAUUAACAUCUAUGCUCAAGUCCAACACGACAAGGAGCAGGAGAUGAUUGGGUCAGUCAGCCAAAGUGAAAACGCCCCCAAAAUCACACUCAGUGACUUCACCGAGCCCGAGGAACUGCUGGACAAAGAGCUGGACACCCGGGUCAUAGGAGGCAUUGCCACCAUUGCAAACAGCGAAAGCACAAAGGAGAUCCCCAACUGCACUAGUGUUUAA